AUGAAAUCACUUCAGAGGAGACACAGGAAGUUCAAAACAGUGGCCAGUAGUCAUCAGGCGGAGGAGGGGAGCAAGUUAAAUACAUCCCCUUUGUGCACACUAAAAUCAAGUGCUCUGAGAACUCCAGAAGAUAAAGAAAAUCAAAUAGCGCAUCGUUUAGAAGGUCCAGAAUCCAGUAGAUAUCAAACGAGGGACUGGAGCAAAUUAAGUACAUCCCUUUUGCGCACACCAAAAUCAAGUGCUCUGAGAACUGCAGAAGUGAAGACCGACUGCUCAAAAAAAGGGGUGCUAUUUGCACAAAAAUGAAAAAAUGGGUCGAAUCCAAAAAAUCUUUGGAAGAUUCUAAAGAAAAAUGCCUUUUGGAUUAAUCUGAAAUGAAAAAACAGCUACUGAUGAAAGAAAACAAAAAUAAACUGGAAAUAAUGCAACUAGAGUAUGAAGAGAGAAAAAAGAGGGAAGAUGAGGUACAUAACAUUAAAAUGGAAAUGUUAAAUAUGGAAAAACAGUAUCUGUUAAAUAAAUAUAAAAUUUGAUUUUCUUAAUCUUGCCA